GCAGUGAGUCCCGGGCUAGCGUGCUCCCAAAGCCGGCUACCCAGUGUAGUCUCGCCUUGCCGGACAGGCUUCAUGGCGUCCCAACCAGUGUCCCGGAUGCUGCGGCGGGUCCUGAGGUCCAGCGUCCGGAGCUGCAGCUCGGGCGCUCUAGUGACGCAGCCACACCCCGGGGAGCCCUCCCAACCUGCCGUGGAGGUGCCGUCCGGACGGAGGCGGUUCCUGAGGGAGCACGCGGCCCCCUUCUCUGCCUUCCUCACCGACAGCUUCGGCCGGCGCCACAGCUACCUGCGGAUCUCCCUCACUGAGAAGUGCAACCUCAGAUGUCAAUACUGCAUGCCCGAGGAGGGUGUCCCUCUGACCCCCAAGGCAGACCUGCUGACCACAGAGGAGAUCCUAACCCUGGCCCGCCUCUUUGUGAAAGAAGGUGUAGACAAGAUCCGACUCACGGGCGGGGAGCCGCUCGUUCGGCCGGACGUGGUGGACAUCGUGGCACAGCUCCACCAGCUGGAAGGGCUGAGGACCAUUGGCAUCACCACCAACGGCAUCAACCUAGCCCGGCUGCUGCCGCAGCUUCAGGAAGCUGGCCUCAGUACCAUCAACAUCAGCCUGGACACGCUGGUACCAGCCAAGUUUGAGUUCAUCGUCCGCAGGAAAGGCUUCCGCAAGGUCAUGGAGGGCAUCCACAAGGCCAUUGAGCUGGGCUACAGUCCUGUGAAGGUGAACUGUGUGGUGAUGCGAGGCCUGAAUGAGGACGAACUCUUGGACUUCGUGGCCUUGACCGAGGGCCUUCCCCUGGACGUGCGCUUCAUAGAGUACAUGCCCUUUGAUGGCAACAAGUGGAACUUCAAGAAGAUGGUCAGCUAUAAGGAGAUGCUGGACACCCUCAGGCAGCAGUGGCCGGAGCUGGAGAAGCUGCCGGAGGAAGAAUCCAGCACAGCCAAGGCCUUUAAAAUCCCUGGCUUCCGAGGCCGAGUCAGCUUCAUCACGUCCAUGUCUGAGCAUUUCUGUGGGACGUGCAACCGCUUGCGAAUCACAGCUGACGGGAACCUCAAGGUCUGCCUCUUUGGGAACUCAGAGGUAUCUCUACGGGAUCACCUGCGGGCGGGGGCCUCUGAGGAGGAGCUGCUGCGCAUCAUUGGGGCUGCCGUGGGCAGGAAGAAGCGGCAGCAUGCAGGCAUGUUCAAUAUUUCCCAGAUGAAGAACCGGCCCAUGAUCCUCAUCGAGUUAUUUUUGAUGUGCCAAGAUUCCCCACCAGCCAUUCCAAGCAUCUCCUUCAGGGACUCCCUCCAUGUUCAGGGUCUGAGGCACAGAGUGAGUUUCUCCAGCCAGACGGUGACUUUGUGGAAAGGGGGCUGGCCCCCCCAGAUCCCUCGCCUCGCCCAGUGGUGGCUGGCAUCUGGGCUCCCUCAGAGACAUUACAGUUCCCACCUCGACUCAGAUGCCAACCCAAAGUGCCUUAGCCCAGAGCCCCGGGCUCCUGCCACCCCAUCAGGACCUCUGCCCACCUCAGACCAACUGACCCACGUGGACAGGGAAGGACAGGCGGCUAUGGUAGACGUGGGUGGGAAGCCAGACACAGAGCGGGUGGCCGUGGCCUCAGCCGUGGUCCUCCUGGGGCCUGUGGCCUACAAGCUCGUCCAGGAGAACCAGCUAAAGAAGGGAGACGCCCUGGUGGUGGCCCAGCUGGCAGGCGUCCAGGCGGCCAAGCUGACCAGCCAGCUGAUCCCGCUGUGCCACCACGUGGCCCUGAGCCACGUCCAGGUGCAGCUGGAGCUGGACAGCACACGCCACGCCGUGGUGGUCCGGGCGUCUUGCCGGGCUCGGGGCCCCACUGGGGUGGAGAUGGAGGCCCUGACUUCCGCUGCCGUGGCCGCCCUCGCCCUGUAUGACAUGUGCAAGGCUGUCAGCAGGGACAUCGUGUUGGCGGAGAUCAAGCUCGUCAGCAAGACCGGGGGUCAGCGGGGGGACUUCCAUCGGACGUAGAGCUCCUGCCCCCUCUCACCCCUGGCCCAGCGAGGUCAAGAGAUGGGAUGAGAUUUCAGCCAAGGGAAAGAUGUCAAGUUCCUUUCACCCCGCCACCAGUUACCUUCAACCGGUAGGAACCCCAGGUCAGCCCACCCCUCUACUGCUCGAUGACCUACACUGACCUGCGAGGUUUCCUUUCUUCCGAGAGGAAACCAGCAGGCCCGUCAGCCUUCCUGGACCCUAACUAAGGUCGUGGGAGGGGGCUGGCCACAGCAAGCAAGGCUAGAUAACCCCCGAAUCACACUGAGUGACUUGUGGACUCUCUCCGACAGUUGAGCCCAUAACCUCCCCUUCUCUCUUGGGUUUCCUCUUCUCCUUCCUUCCCCGGGAGGGAACCAAGGGCUCCCAAGCAGGGGCCUCGUGGGCCACAGCCCUGAGGCCUCCUGACCAAGCACACCUCCCACACCUGCCCCGCGCACGGCCUUUCCACCUGCACCCCUUCGUCCUGGGACACACCAGGGGAGGAGGAGCAAUGGAGCUUGCCUUCACCCACACGGUGCACCAAAUAAAGCCACGAUGCCCAUUUGGGGGAUGCAAGAAUGAGGACUGUGUCUGUGCCGAGGGCACCGAGCCGCCGUGAUGGCAGGCCCACCCCUCAACCCAACGCCCCCUGGGGGAAGAGGAGCAGGAGAGACGCUGGAAAAGCAAAGCGGCGUGUUCUCCGUGCACCCCGCCUUCCCUGGGGGAGAAGGCAGGAGUGGAGAGGGAGGCCCAGAGAUGCAGCAUCUCCAAUAGCACCGUCAGGUAGGGGUGUCUGAAGCCCAUCCCGUCGCGGGCUGGUAGAGGUCACGGGGUGCAAUUAGAGGCUCCCGGUUUACACAGCCCCAAACGCUGGACGCGCUUGCGGGGUUCUCUCGGUGUGGGUAGGUGUCUAGCUCUAGCCUCACUCCCCCGGCCCCCCGCCUGCCUUUCCUCUGGCCCUGCACCCAGGUGUGCUGGCAAAUGCUUAACAACUAGCUCUUGGAAAAGCAAAAAAGGCCAAUUUCCAUGGUCUAAGUCCUCCCACCUUGGCCCAUUUCAAGCUACCGUAUGACGUGAACUGGCUUGCGGAAUUCCUGAGGAUGUCACAGUCGGGGCUCGCAGAGCGGGUAGGAUCUGCUUCCAACACACCAUGGGCUAUGCCGCUCCCCAGCACGCCUCACGUCCCAGCGUGGGAAGAAGGCACAAGUUUCAAGGCCGGUUAGGUAGGGGUGGCACGGAUUUAAUAUUUUUUAGUAUUACAAUAUAUUCUAUAAAAAAGGUGCAGGCGAAAAGGACGCUGCAGAAUUUAUACAUUAGCCUCAUUUGUCAUCUGAAACAGCUGGUGAGAACAGCCUUGGCGUGGAGGCGGUAGAGGUGGGGGGCGGGGGUGGUCACGGCUCCCCCAGAGGGUGGAAAGGGAAUAGGGUUGGGGAAGAGCCUGGACCAGACCCUUCCCCAUCCACCCGGAGAAUUUUCUCCUCCCGCCGCCCUAAACACGCCUCCCUUCCCUCACAGGGGAGGGGGAGCAGAUGUUGCUGCUGAGAAGGGGACAGGUUGCAUCAGAUUAACUGAAUUUUACGCUGUACACAAAAUUAGCUGGAGAAAUGAACCCAAAGGUGGCAGGAAGGGCACCUGGGAACGACCAAGGGACAAAUACAACAGGCGUCAACGUUUAGCACAUCAAGGACCAACUCAGCUGUCUCCAAGGCACCAGCACUUCUUGCUGAGUCAGCCGUGAUGGUCUGUGGUCCAAGGCACUGUUGGCGAUCUGGCUACAGUGGCGUCUGGUGUCAGAGCCACUGGCCAGAUCUAGAAAAAUAAUAAAUAGAGAAAGCAAAAUCUUUAGAGGUGAGAAGCCUGAGCCCUGGAACAAUCAAUAUACGUGUCCUCUGUAAACAGUUAAACCGAACUGUGCUUUUCUGUGGAUCCAGCGUGUCUCGAACGUCUUCCAUGUUCCUUCUUCCCUGGUGCGUAUCCAGCCUUCCACAGUGGGUGGGAAUACCGGGGUUUGGGCAGGCCUGUUGGCUAGACGUGGAGCCCUCCCUAUUCCCGGUCCCAGUGGGUGAGGUGGACCUCGGCCCGGCCAGUCUGGGGGAGGACCCUGCAAGGUCCCACCACAACCUUCCCAUUGUCCCAAUGCCGGCUUCUUCCAGCGGGGGCUUUGUGGGUAUCACACAGCUCUGCGGCCACUCUUCCUGGUAAGCCUUCACCUUACCCUCACCUGGACUCCAGGAUGGCUGCUUCACACCGGUCCCCACCAGGCUUACACUUGCUCAAUCCUCCCCCUUGAACCAACACCCAUGUUGGGCUCAGCAACCCUGUGUUUCUUCCCCUGCAGCUACUAUGGUCCCAGCCCCAGAAAAGAUAGGCAGCUGAAGAGUGGGCCCAGCCCACCAGUCUGUCCACUGGCAAUAACCCUGAGCUGGAGGAGGAGGUCAGAAGGUGAGAAACACAAAAGGGAAGGGCAGGAGGAUAGAAGGGCAGGGAGCCUGUUGAUGUGGGGUUGUAGGGAGGAUCAGGCAGGUCUCACAGAUACAGAGGAUGAGGGGUUAACUCUGGGGGGGUUGGAAAUGUAUUAAAAAUGAGCCUUGAUGGAGUUCAGCUCACCUCUGUCCUUUUAGAAAAUUUGUGUAGAUACCAGCCAUCAUCCUGCCCCAGAAGGACAGCUCCUGGUGGACAGAAUGAAGGUGAGAACGGACAGGAGAACCAGAAUGAAAGUCGGCUGAACCAAGUCGGGUCCCAGAGCUGGGGGCGGGGGGGGUGGGACCCCCCUCAGCUUUCCACCCUGCCUUCUCUGGGCCCGCCCCCCAUCUGAAUGCCCCUGAGGCGGUCCCCUUACUCCCUUAGAGGUGGCACGUAACUGCAGAGGGCAGCUCUUGCCCUUGGAGCCCUCGGAACCGAUGCCCCAGGGCCAACCUCAGCCAGACGAACGCAGUUGGAAGUGUCUCCUGCAGGCUGGACAGAGCAGGAGGUCACUGUGCCUUCUGCUCAGUGGCAGAUGUCAGACGAGUACGGGGUCCGAGUAGUGUUCAGUGGUAACCCAGGCGCUCUGGGUGGAGCCAUUCAGGUGCUGCCCUCUGGAACCCCUAGCCAACGUGUGAGGUCACUGUCUCGCUUCAAGACAACGGUCAGGUGGUACAGGGUGGGGAAGGACAGUUUCAUUCCAGGGUCCCUGUGCCCAGCGUACGAGGUGUGGUGAUGAAUGGGGUCUUCUUCCUUGAACCCCUUCCCUUACCAGAUCCAUCAAGUACCUGAUAGUGAGCCCUAGUCGUGGGAACCCAAAGGUGAGUUUUCCGGGAUUCUGGAUUAGUAUAGGAUGGAGAUGGCAGGAGGGAAGGGAGAGAAACUUAAGACAUGCAAGAGGGGCCAGAGGGCUUGCGAUGUAGGAAACAGGCACUGUCACCCUGUCCUGAUGACUUGGUCCCUGCAGACUCCCAGCAUCUUUUUUUUUCCUGGAACACAUCUAGCUAGCAUAUGUCAUGCCUCUUCCUUUCAAUAGGAAACUUCGCCCCAUAUCAACGUUCCAUUAAGCCUACUCUUGAGAGAUGGGAGCCUGGAUGCCCCCGCCCGUUACUCCCCACGGCACGUGAAAUCUAGACGAGGUCCGUGGACCUCUCUCCAGGCUAGAGAUGGGACAGCUCUGUGCCAACAUUUGGGUGUCCGUGCUGGGGGUCAGGGAGCAGGGCCGGCCCGGGAUGGCCAAGUCCGCCUCAAAGAGUGACCCCUGGGGCCAGGGUGCAGGAAGAAUGAUGGGAAGAGGAGAUGAGGGGAGCCCCUUCAGGUGGGGAGACACCGGGUCCUGCCACGUAGCCCCGCCCCCAGGACCCAGCCCAGGGCUCUAAAUCCAGCACCGAAUUGUGUAAGUGUCACUAGCACGGCCUCCUCCACUCCGCCGCCCUGGGCCCAUCCCUGUCUCCCAGCCUCCCGCUGCGGCCAGUCCCCCAGGUCAAUAAUUUAGCCUGUUUAUGGCCCGCUCCCGGGUGGCUUCCAGGGCCUGGCUCCCUGAUCGCUUGCGGCUGCGUUUGAGUUUGCACAAGUCCUUGUCGAAAACUUCGCCCGAGCGCAGGGCUGACACCAGGUCAUCAAACUCGCCGCCCUCGUCCAGCGCGCUGCUCGCGUGCACCUUCCGCUGGCGCUGCCACCGCUCCCGCUCUCGCUGCUCCUUCAGCUGGAAGGGCGAGGAGGGCGGGUGAGAGGCCGCGGCCCAGCACAUCCACCGCGGUCCAGGCCACAGACACCUGCCCUCCUUCGCGGGUUGACGCCUGGGCUGGGCUGGGUCUACCAAGUGGCCCCACUUUCCUCCUUGCUAGGGCACCCUGAGCCUCCCGCCGCCCACGCGCUCUCCACUCCCUCAGCCUUGCUCAGACCCAGGCCCCAGCAGCACCCUCACCAUGGCCUCCAUGCGCGCCCGUCGUUCCUCCUCCUCCUUCCUUCUCCGCAUGGCCUCCAGGUCCUGCCGGGCCUCCGAGAAGGCCUGCAGGAAGGUGUCGAAGAUGCCGAAGAAUUCAUCCGGCUGCAUCUUGCUGUCCUGCUCCCCAAAGUGCAUCAGGGCCUUGGAGAACUGUCAAAGAGAAGGGUUGGUGGAGAGUCGCCCCCGAGCCUGGUGGGCAGUUGAGUUCCAGCCAGAGCAGAGCUCAUCCAGGUGGGGGGACUUGGGGGGGGCAGGGCUAGAGAAGGGAGCCCCCCCCACGUCAUCAGGGUAAGGACAAGGCUGAAGGAAGGAAAGGCUUGAGGCUGACACCUGGGAGGUGGGAGACCCAGGCUGACUGACAGAGGCUGCCCAGAGUGACCUCUGGGUCUGUUAGGGUGUAGGUACAGGACCAGGAGCUGCAGACCUUGGGAAGCACUUCCUAAGGUCAGGACCACAAGGAUGUCAGAUCAUCUAGUUAUCGGGCUAGUUAUUUAACCCCUCUGUGCCUCGGUUUCUUCCCCAUUGUAAAAUGGGGAUAAUAAUAGGACCUACUUUAUACUGUUGGGGGGGGUGCUAAAUGAGUUAGUGAUGCAGAGUGCUAGCUAGCUACCUGCCUGGCACUAUUACUGAGAGCUACCAUCUCUAAUUCAACCUACUGAAAACCCUCUAAGAAAGCCCUCAGUACUCUAAGUGUGCUCCCUGGGCCAGCGGCAUGGGUGUUUCCCGGGAGCUGGUUAGAAAGGCUGAAUCUCAGGCUCCACCCCCGACCUCCUGAAUGGGGACCCACAUCUCAAUAAGACUCCCACAGUUGGGGUCCAGAGGCGUGUCAGAGUGCAAAGCAGGAAGAGGCAGAGCAACCGAGAGCAAAGCUAGGCUCCGGAGUCAGGCUUCUAACCCAGCUCUGCCUGUCACAGCUGGGCAACCCUGGGCAAGUUACUUAACGUCUGUGGAUCUCAGUGCACGUAUCUGUGGAAUGGGAUAAUAGCCUUUCAACAAACCCAGAAGGUAGGCGGUGAGACAGAGGAUGGAAAACACUUCAUGGGGUGCCUGACAUCUGGUCAAUGGACUGUGAACAUUGCAACAGCGUUGCUGUCGCUUUUCUUGUAGGAGUGAGGAAACCCUUUCUCCUCAAAGCUCUGUGCCUCUGGGUGUGUCCCUUCUGGGCCACCUGUGGUAG